CAGACGCCUCUGGCACCAUGGCCGGGCUGGCCGCGCGGGCCGGGCUGCUGCGCCUGGCGGCGCCCUCCGCCUCCUACUGCACCGGCCUCGGGGCCGAGGCGCCCGGCCAGCCCGCCCAGCCCCGGCCGCCCUACGGCAGUCGCAAGCUGCCCGCCGAGGAAGAGCCGCCCGCCCGCGCCUUUUCCAGCAGCGCUCCGGCGCCCGGGCUGGACAACAAGAGCUUCCUCUGGGCGCGCUACGGGGAGAUGAAGCGGCUGGUGCAGGACUUGCUCCCCCCAGGGGUGUGCAACCUCCUGAACCCAUCCACCAUCUAUUCCAACAACGAGAUCUCGUUGAGCACCAUCGGGGUCUACGGCUUUGACUAUGACUACACUCUGGCCCUGUAUUCUCCUGCCCUUCACUCCCAGAUCUACAACACUGCCAGAGACAUCCUCGUGGAGCAGUAUAAGUAUCCAAAGGGCAUCCUGAAGUACGAAUACUGGCCCAGCUUUGCUAUCCGGGGCUUGCACUACGACAUUGCCAAGGGCUUGCUUAUGAAGAUAGAUGCCUUUCACUACAUCCAACUGGGCACCGUAUACCGGGGCUUGAAACCUGUGCCAGAUGAGGAGGUACUGGAAAUGUAUGACGGCACCCAUCACAUCCCCCUGCACCAGGCUAGUGGCUUCUACGGCAAGGGCCCAGCCAUCAAGCAGUUCAUGGACAUUUUCUCGCUGCCUGAAAUGACCCUCCUCGCUGUAGCCAAUGACUUCUUCAUCAGCCACGACAUUGAUUACGACCCUAUCCAUCUCUACAAAGAUGUCACGGACGCCAUCCGAGAUGUGCAUAUUAAAGGUUUUAUGUACAAGUGGAUCAUGCAGGAUCUAGAAAAGUACAUUUUGCGUGGAGAUGAGACAUACGCCGUGCUCCAUCGCUUGGCCAACAGUGGCAAGAAACUGUUCCUCAUCACCAACAGCCCAUUCAGCUUCGUUGACAAAGGGAUGCGGUAUAUGGUGGGGAAAGACUGGCGAGACUUCUUUGAUGUGGUCAUAGUCCAGGCAGACAAGCCUCAUUUCUUCAAUGAUUGCGUCAAACCCUUCCGGCGGCUGGACAGCAAUGGGGAUCUGCAGUGGGAUAAAAUAAACAAGUUGGAGAAGGGCCAGGUGUACAAGCAGGGCAACCUUUUUGACUUCCUCCGGCUGACUGGCUGGCGUGGCUCCAAGGUCCUCUACUUCGGAGACCAUCUCUACAGUGACCUGGCGGACCUCAUGCUGCGCCAUGGCUGGCGGACGGGGGCCAUAGUGCCGGAGCUGGAGACGGAAACGAAAAUGGUGAACACGGAACAGUACUCCCAAGCACUCACCUGGCUGCAGGCCUUGACUGGGUUAUUGGAACGGAUGCAGAUGUACCGGGACCCUGAAUCCCAGCAAGUGCUGCAGGACUGGAUGAAGGAGCGGCAAGAGCUCAGGGCACUCACCAAGAACCUCUUCAAUCCUCAGUUUGGAAGCAUCUUUCGCACCUGCCACAACCCCACGUACUUUUCGCGCCGCCUGUGCCGCUUCUCCGACGUCUACAUGGCCUCUCUCAGCUGCUUGCUGAACUACGACCUCAACUACACCUUCUACCCAAGGCGCACCCCGCUGCAGCAUGAGGCACCCCUCUGGAUGGACCAGCUCUGCACAGGCUGCAUGAAGACGCCUUUCCUCGAAGAAAUGGCGCACAUCCGCUAGGGGGCAAGGGGAACGGACGGCCGUGCCCCUCUGCUUCCUGUCCUCUAGGGCAGAAUCCCUAGAGGAUUAGAAUCUUGUUGGGCCCACCAACACGUUUUACAUUUGCAAAAUGAGUGUGCGUACGAGCAACCUCUUAAUGGUCAAGGCCUAACCGAUCAGUGCUAAAUUGUGCAGAGUAAGCUUAAGAAGUGCGCGGCUGGAUCAGAUUAAAGCUCUUUUAGUCCAUUAUUCCUCAUGAGCAUCUCAGCCACUUGCAGGCACUGUGUCAUUCAGCAAGUAUUUGUCAGUGGUCACAAUCUACAGUCUGCAUGCCUUGCACGAGCGAGUUGGGGAUCUUGUUGACUUAGAUCCCUGUGCACAUACCUUGGCCUUCAACUUGUGUUCUCAGAUGCUCCAUCCACACUAACACAGUCAGCAUCUGCUAAAGGAGGAAGAGCUUUGGGUUUUUUGUCACUCUCUGCUCUUUCCUUCGAGACUCUGUGCAGAGGCAUAGCUAUAGUGCUUGAAGUUUACAUUCAUUGCCACCACCCCAGUGGGCAGGUUGUAUUUGCAACAGCAAAGGGAGUACAGGGUACUACUAUUUGGGGACAGUGCGGGAGGGAAAGAUCCUGUUUCCUAGUGAAGUGGUAGGAACAGGAGGUGCUAAGGGGUAGGGGACGGGAAAUUGUUAGCCAAUAACUGGGAUUUUGUGAUUUUAAUAAAGAUUCUUGUGAAAGCUGCUCUUGAUGUGUGUAUCGGAUACUAGGCAAAGUGUGUGGUU